ACCAACACAAAAAUGGGCGAUCUUCAUUCUGCUGAAAACAAUGGACAGGCCCAUAUUUCAGCCGUCAUUUUUGAUUUGGAUGGUACCCUUUUGAGCACAGAGCACUUGACAAAGGAAAUCUUGAAGGAAUUUCUGGCUGGAUAUGGGAAGGUGCCAGAUGAGGAGAAGGAAAAGAAAAGAUUGGGCAUGGCCCAGAAAGAGUACGCUAUCGGCAUUGUCAGUGAUUACGACCUUCCUCUCACGCCCGAUCAGUAUAUCCAAGCAAUCAUGCCCUUUUAUCAUAACAAGUGGUCGCAAGCCAAAGCACUUCCUGGUGCUAAUCGCCUUAUAAGACAUUUCCAUAAGCAUGAAGUUCCCUUCGCCCUUGCUUCUAACUCCAUAAGGAAAAACAUAGAUGGGAAAGUCUCUCUCCAAGCAGGGUGGAAAGAAUACUUUAAAGUAAUUCUUGGAAGUGACCAGGUUAAAUCAGGGAAGCCUUCUCCAGACAUAUUUCUGGAAGCUGCAAAGCAAAUGGGUGCAGAUGCAGCUCACUGCCUAGUGAUAGAGGAUUCUGUCAUCGGUGUCAAGGCAGGCAAGGCUGCUGGAAUGAAGGUGGUAGCUGUGCCAUCUUUCCAUUCUGAAUUUGAUCAAUAUCCAAUAGCUGAUUCAGUGCUUCGCUCACUCCUAGAGUUAAAGCCAGAACUAUGGGGUCUCCCACAAUUUGAAGACUGGGUAGAUAAUGCGUUGCUGGUUGAACCUGUUUCUUUCAAGGGUCUGUACAAAAAUGGCCUCCUCCAUGAUUUUGCAGAUGAUGGGCCAUCAUCUCUACCCGAUCAAGUUUUUGGUGUUUAUUUUGGCUGGGCAAAACCUGAGGCGUACAAGUUCAUAAAGAUUGUUCUUGGCGUUGGUUGGGGACAUGGCUGCUGCAGUUCUAAGAGGAAGAUGCAAGCUUGUAUAGUUGAUUCAAGUGACGAGCAGAUCCAGGAUUGCAAAAUGGAAGUUGUGAUUGUAGGCUACAUCAGAGGAUCAUGCGAUGAGGGAAAAUGGGACAAAAUUGAGAUACUUGAGGAAGACAAGUCAAUUGCCAGUGCUGCAUUGAAUCUGCCUGAAUUCUCGCUUGGUGCAUUCAAGUCCCUCUUUUCUGAAGUUGCUUUACAAGAUGAUUGCAACCUUAAUGGAAAAUGAACAAGUAUUUGAUUGGCAUUAGCACAGCAAAUAGUUACAUCUGUUACCCUGAAGGAGAAUGGAAAAAACAAGAAAUAAUUUUGAUAAUCAGAACUUAAAUUGAUCAUGGUUCUGGUUCUGGCUAGCGUACUCUUCAAGGAAGUUUAUGGAAGAGUGGCUUGCCUACCAAUUCUUCUGUAAAAUUAAUAUAGUCCCAUCACCCAUGCAAUGUAUUUCAUAGUUACUAACUCACUAUUAGUGCUUUGCCAGUGGAUUGAAAAUAAUGAAAUUUUGUGUUCAGUUUGCAGUUUACCCUUUUACUCUAUGUUCACAUGGUAGGUGAA